CGGUGAUUGGUGAAUUGAGUAAGCAACUAAGCAGACACAGGACGGUGGAACUCCGAGCGUGUGUCCUUGAUUAUAAUAAUUGCAUGACUGCAAUAUUCGACCUGGUUUUCCUGGUUAAAUAAACCUUUACGUUGAAUCGGAUUUUAGUUAUAUUAAUUACGAUUUUCAGAAAGCCAAGGAACGGGUUUUAAUUUGCAACGAAACCUCCAUUGUAAAAGGUAUCCUGGGGCUUUCUUUUAACAGACUUUCUCAAUUUGGAAAGUAUCCAAGGGGGAUUGAACUAGUGGACUUAGAACAGGAGCAGGAGCAAGAUGUAUAGAACACGGCAGGCCUUUAGUAGCUUGCUACCCUUCACACCGCUCUCUAACGUAGAACGGUAUUCAUCAUGGUUGGUUCGCUCCCAGAUAUCUCCAGCUGCCAAAUCCAUGUCUUGUCCUGGAACUCCCUUGAAGAGAGGAUUUGCUGCUGCUCCUCCUCCUCCUCCCCCGGCAGAACCUGAAGCUCAGGAGAGCUUCCUCAAUGGAACCUCGGGGGCCUACGUGGAGGAGAUGUUUGAAGCAUGGAGUCUGGAUCCUAAGAGUGUUCAUGUUUCUUGGGACGCUUACUUCAGGGGCGGAGCUUACCAGGCUCCUCCCUCUCUCGGUAACUCUACCCGUCCGAACGAGAUUCCUCUGGCUAAUAUGCUCCCAGGAUUGAUUGGAUCAAGCAUGAUGCAGGGAGGUGGAGCUCCUAGCACUCAGAUCAUUGAUGCUCAUCUAGCUGUUCAAGGAACCAUCAGGUCUUACCAGGUCCGUGGACAUCUAGCAGCAAACAUUGAUCCCCUUGGUCUCAACAAUAUUGACACAGAGCAGGCCAAGAAGAUGAUCAUCAGAUCUGUUACGGUCGACUCAAAGGAUUUUAAAGAGAAGGACCUGGAUACAGUUUAUCAACUCCCUCAAACUACAUUCAUCGGUGGAUCCGACACUUCUCUCCCUCUUAGAGAGAUUAUCUCCAGGCUUGAGAAGGUGUACUGUGGUAGUAUCGGAGCUGAGUAUAUGCAUAUACAGGACCUGGAUCAGGUCAACUGGAUCAGGCAGAAGUUGGAAACACCUGGAGCACUCACCCUUGGUAAUGAUGAUAAGAGACGUCUACUCGCUAGGAUCUCCCGAUCUGCUGGAUUCGAGAACUUCUUGGCCAAGAAGUGGACUGCUGAGAAGAGGUUUGGCCUGGAAGGUGUAGAGAUGUUGAUCCCCUGCAUGAAGCAGGUUAUUGACAGGUCCACAGAGCAGGGCGUGGAGUGUGUAGUGAUGGGAAUGCCCCACAGAGGACGUUUAAACGUGUUGGCCAACGUGUGCAGGAAACCUCUAGAGCAGAUCCUCACACAGUUCGCCGGCCUCGAGGCUGCCGACGAGGGUUCUGGAGAUGUCAAGUACCAUCUUGGAACCUAUAUUGAGAGAUUAAACAGAUCAACCAACAAGAAUAUCAGGUUGAGUGUUGUAGCUAAUCCCUCUCAUCUUGAGGCCGUGAACCCUGUGGUAGAGGGUAAGGUUAGAGCUGAACAGUUCUACAGAGGAGAUACUGAAGGGAAGAAAGCAAUGUCUAUUUUACUUCACGGAGAUGCUGCAUUCGCCGGACAGGGUGUUGUUUACGAGACUAUGCAUAUGGCGGAGCUUCCUGAUUAUACUACAAGAGGAACUAUUCAUAUUGUUGCAAACAAUCAGAUUGGAUUCACAACCGAUCCUCGAUACUCCCGAUCCUCCCCUUACUGUACCGACGUAGGUCGGGUUGUCAAUGCUCCUAUUUUCCACGUGAACGCAGACGACCCAGAGGCUGUCCUCCUUGUAUCGAACAUUGCCGCGGAGUGGCGCGCAACCUGGCACAAGGAUGUUGUUAUUGAUCUGGUCGGGUACAGGAAGUUUGGGCACAAUGAGAUCGAUGAGCCGAUGUUCACCCAGCCCAUCAUGUACUCCAUCAUCAAGAAGCAUAAGAAUGUUCUAGAUAUUUACUCUGACAAAUUGAUCGGUGAGGGUGUUGUAACCAAGGAGGAAGUUGAUGCUGUUAUUGAUAAAUAUGAGAAGAUCUGUGAAGAAGCAUUCAAGAAGGCUGGAGAGGAGACUCAGGUGUUCCACAAACACUGGCUGGACUCCCCCUGGUCCGGGUUCUUCGAGGGUAAGGAUCCCUUGAAAGUAUCGGAUACUGGUCUGCACGAGGAUACUCUGGUUCAUAUUGGUAAACGGUUCUCUCAGGGUCCACCCAAUGCACCAGACUUCAUUAUUCACAGAUCCAUGGAGCGAAUCCUUAAGGCUCGAAUGGAAAUGGUAAACAAGAGAGAGAUUGAUUGGGCGCUGGCUGAAGCACUUGCCUUCGGUGGACUUCUCAAGGAAGGAAUUCAUGUUCGUCUGUCUGGACAGGACGUAGAGCGUGGUACCUUCUCCCAUAGACAUCAUGUUCUUCAUCACCAGACCAAGGACAGGUCAACCUACAAGCCCCUAGCAAACCUGUACCCUGAUCAGGCUCCGUAUACUGUGAGUAACUCCUCCCUGUCUGAGUAUGCUGUACUCGGGUUCGAGCUCGGGUUCUCCAUGACCAACCCUAAUGCUCUGGUGCUCUGGGAGGCUCAGUUCGGAGAUUUCUCCAACACUGCACAGUGCAUCAUUGAUCAGUUUAUUGCUAGCGGUCAGGCUAAAUGGGUUCGACAAUCUGGUUUAGUUAUGCUUCUACCCCACGGUAUGGAAGGUAUGGGACCUGAGCACAGCUCUGCUCGUCCUGAAAGGUUCCUUCAACUCUGCGCUGAUGAUCCAGAAUAUUUCCCCCCAGAGGAGGAGGAGUUUGCAAUCAAGCAGCUCAGCCAUAUCAACAUGAUCGUCGCUAACUGCUCCACACCUGCAAACUAUUUCCAUAUUCUUCGUCGUCAGACCGCUCUUCCCUUCCGUAAACCCUUGAUUGUGAUGACCCCUAAGUCCCUGCUGAGACACCCUGAGUGCAGAUCUAGUUUUGAUGAGAUGUUGCCUGGAACUGAGUUUAAGAGAAUGAUCCUGGAUGCUGGACCCGCAGGACAGAACCCAUCCAGUGUUAAGAAGGUUCUCUUCUGUACUGGAAAGGUGUACUACGAUCUCCUGAAGGAGAGGAGAGAGAGAGGAUUAGAAGAUCAGAUUGCGAUCCAUACCAUUGAACAGAUUUCUCCCUUCCCCUUUGAUAUUAUGAAGAAGGUUACAGAUCAGUACUGUAAUGCAGAACUCUGCUGGGUUCAGGAGGAACACAAGAAUAUGGGAGCUUGGACUUAUGUACAGCCCAGAACUCAGACCGCCAUUGGUGGAUAUCACAGGUUACUGCAGUAUAUUGGUCGUGAAACUGCACCCUCUCCUGCCACUGGUAGCAAGGCAACCCAUUACAAGGAGCUGAAACAUUUCCUAGCUCAAGCCAUGUCCUUGUAGAUAUAGAGGAUAGAGAGAAUACAAGAUCAUAAUCCUGGACCUAACAUACUUCCAAAUAUUAAAUUAUAGUUUACUUUAGUCCAAUCAUUCGACAAGAAGAUAUUCUGUAAAAUUGUUCCGGAUACUCUCUCCUCUGUAAACCCUGGGAACUAGAUCUAUUAAUACGAGUAUUUAAAUAAUAUUUAAAUCUAUUUUGUUAAAGCACUAUUGUUAAUUUACCGAUGGGUAUGUAAGUGAUAUCUGAUGAUAAUAUAAAUACAGUGAAUAUUUAC